UAGGAAGCGGCGGCGCUGAGGGGCUGUGUCCAUAGCAGCGGCUGAGCUGCUACCUGGUGACGGGGGGCGCUCUGCCCCUUCCAUUUCACCCUCUCCAUUAACUGAGGGAGGGUCUCCUGCCUUUCCCCUUAGAGCUCGAAACUGAAAGGACAGGAGGGUUGGAAAAAUUCUGAGGGGGGAUUAAGGGGUAGUAUGAGGAGAGGGGUCUGAGGGGAGGGGCCUGAGCUUUCUAGAGUGGUGGGUUGGAGGCAGGUGUGUAUUAGAGUAAGGGGCUUGUGUUUGGGCAGGAGCCCCCACUUCAAGAUUUAUGGGGGGGGGAAUUAGUUAAGGAGAACUGAAUUGGUCUUUCCCUGUUUCGUUGGAGUCCUUCAUUGAGGGGGGCCUUCAGAAGGGGCACAGCCUUGUAGAAUCUGCUUCAGGGUGACUGGCUGGGGGAGUUUGGGGGGGAUUAGGUUCUUCAGAGGGUGCUUUGAGCCCCUGGUUCAGGGGAGGCAGGGGGUGCUGGUGGGGCUCAUGUGGCGAAAGCUGGCUGGUGGCCUUCACCUUUGCAGCAGGUCAGAGAGAUGCUACUUGGGCUGCCCAAAACGUAAACCUGCAUAGUGUUGUGGUGUGUCAUCCUGUUUCCGAGGUAUGACUGAAGCGGGGAAAUCCUCAGAAGGAUAAAAGCAGCGUGGCAGGCAGGCGGAGGUGCCCUGCUGUAUGUGUUGGGAAGGCCUUUUUCAGACGAGGAGGAAGUUGCCUUGCUGGGAGCUGCAAUCUUUCUCUAGAGCAGGGUUGUGAUCGGGUGUGAGUUAAAACUUCGGGGCAGGAGGGUGCUGCUUCUUAAGAAGUGUAAGGCAAGGAGGUCUGGGGAGGGCUGCUUAGCAGAGCUAAGGAAGGGAAGGGUAUCUCUCUCCCCCCUCCCCUUAAUUUUUCACAUUCCUGCGGAGCCAUUUCUUAUCUGCAAUGACGGGCAAAUCGGUCCGGGAUGUGGACAGAUAUCAGGCAGUGCUUGCCAAUCUGCUGCUAGAAGAAGAGAACAAAUACUGUGCGGACUGCCAGGCCAAAGGGCCAAGAUGGGCGUCGUGGAACAUCGGGGUUUUCAUUUGCAUCCGCUGUGCCGGAAUCCACAGGAACCUGGGUGUCCACAUAUCCCGGGUAAAAUCAGUCAAUCUUGACCAGUGGACACAAGAGCAAAUACAGUGUAUGCAGGAGAUGGGGAACGGCAAAGCAAAUCGUCUCUAUGAAGCUUAUCUCCCGGAGAACUUCAGGCGACCUCAGACAGAUCAAGCAGUUGAGGGCUUCAUCAGAGACAAGUAUGAAAAGAAGAAAUACAUGGACCGAAGCCUUGACAUCAAUGUAUUACGGAAAGAAAAGAAUGACAAAUGGAAAAAGGAGGCUGCCUCGGAGAGAAAACUGGAGCCGAUCAUCUUUGAGAAGGUGAAAAUGCCUCAGAAGAAAGAUGACAGUCAAGCCAGGAAAAGUCCUUCCAAAUCUUUAGAGCCUGUCAUGGACUUGCUGGGACUUGACGUUCCUGUUUCGGCUACCCUUUCCAACGGCAGAUCCACUAGUUACAUAGAGAAGGACUUGGACCUCUUCGGUUCUAUGGGCUCAGACCGGAAGGUCGUGGGCUCUAUGCCAACAGCAGGGUGUGCAGGAUCUGUUCCUGAAAACUUGAACCUUUUCCCAGAUCCUGGGAGCAAAGCAGAAGAAACAGGGAAGAAGCAGCUCUCGAAGGACUCCAUCCUCUCCUUAUACAGCUCCCAGACCCCACCGAUGCCUGCACAAGGAGCUGUGUUCAUAGCCCCAGCCCAAAUGGGGUACCCUGCAGCAUACCCCAGUUUCCCAGGCAUGGCAACACCCGGCAACAUGAUGGGAGGCAUGAUGGCACCACCGGUUGGGAUGAUGUCACAGCCAGGAGCUGCUGGAAUGGUUACGCCCGUGGCGAUCCCAGCAGGCUACGUUGGAGGCAUGCAGACAGCCGUCAUUGGGGUUCCCAAUGGAAUGAUGGCGGCACAGCAAGCCGGGUAUGUGGCUGGCAUGGCACCUGUUCCCCCACCCGUGUAUGGCGUGCAACCAGCCCAGCAGCUGCAGUGGAAUAUUGCUCAGGUGACUCAGCAGAUGGCCGGAAUGAAUUUCUAUGGCACAAAUGGGAUGAUGGGAUAUGGACAGUCACUGGGCCGUGGAGGGGCCCAAGGAACCAACCAAACCCUCAGCUCCCAAGUGUGGAAAUGACGCACCAGGAUUUGGGAUCAUUCCUCUCCUUUUGGGGGUGGGGGGCUUCUGUGUUUUGUUUUUUUGUUCCAGCAUUAAAAAUGCUCCCCUCCAAAAAAAACACCAUUUUUUAAAGUUUUACUUUUGCUUUCUGAUGGUCUUUGUCAGACCUUCCAUCUGUUAAGAGGGGGACCUGCUUUGCCUGUCUCCUGCCCCACAUCAAAGGGCAUUGGAGCCCCUCUCAUUUGGCACAUUGAAAUAUGUGCACUCCUUGGAGGGAAAGGAUAACGGGCAAGAUUUAGCGAUACCAAUGAACCUAUCCAGAAAGGGAACUGCCAACAGCUGAGGGGACUGCAGUCCCACAUGUUGGGUCAUAGUUGCCCCCACAAGAACUGAACAGCAAAUGUCUGUCAACUGGGCUUAUUUUCUCUUCUCCCCUCCUCCCCAUACUUAAAUCCUCUUUCUUCCACCCUGCUUUCCCCCCCAGCCUUCUAUCUACUGACACAUUCCAUCAAUUUUUUUUGUCCCCUGUGGAAUUCUCCAAAACUAGUUCCGCCUUCCACGAGCCCGAACCGUCUGUUCCCUGGAGUUAGUGGGACUUCCACAAUGCCCCUGAGCACAACCAAUCUUCUUCUGGAAUCGUGCACGCGGGCAACAUUUGCACUCCUCCUAAAAGCACCGUCUGCUGCCGCUUCUCUAACCUGUGGUGUUGAUAUAUUUAAACAACUCCUGUUACCUUCUUUCAGCACCCCCUCCCCUACAUGCACCCCCUGCCCAUCACGCCCGUGGGCUUCAAAAAUUGAUGGCCUAAUGAAUCAAAGAGCAAGAUCCUGCAGCCAAGUGUUGUCUUGCUCUUCCUGUUUGCACUUACUUGGUCCUGUGUAUUCCACCUCCACUCACAAACACACAGACAUGCACAUGCUUGCCAGUUUAGAGGCUGACCGAGGGCUUGGAGGUGGUCUGCUUUCUGACCUCGGUGUCAAUGCCCCCAGCCACUUAAGGGAGGGGGAGAAUCCAACCUGCAUCUUUGAAAGACUUUGUCAGCAUAAACGGAAAAACCAGGCAUCUUCUGUCUACCUUGUGUAUAUAUAAAUUCCUUAAUAAAACAAUUGCAGUGAAACAUUA